AUGCCAUCAUUCCAAUAUCCUCCAUUACUGCCCUUGGAGCUGCGGCUUCUGGUCGUGCACCCCGGUUCGCCACAAGAUCCCCUCACUGGGACCCUCGUGCAGAGGAAACUGUCGCCCGAAGACGGUGAUAUCCCGGAUUACGAAGCGCUAUCAUAUUGCUGGGGCGACCAGUCUCAUCCUCAAUCCGUCAAACUCAAGACAAAAUGGCGAAAACCUAAAGAACAGGCACAUCCAGCGCCAGAGCCGAGCGACUCCAGCUACCGGAAGUUUAUCCUUUCAGCUUUUGGUAUUCUUCACUCUGGGUAUCUUGAUAUUGGACCUAAUCUGGCCUCCGCUUUGCGUGCACUACGAUACCCCGACCGUAAGCGGCUAUUGUGGUGCGACUCUAUCUGCAUCAAUCAAAAGGACGUCACAGAGCGCUCUGCUCAGGUUCAGCGCAUGGCAGAUGUGUAUCAAUCUGCCCGAAGAGUCGUUGUAUGGCUAGGUCCUGCAGCGCUUUGGAGCUCUACAGCCAUGGAGACUCUGCGUUGGGUGAGAAGCCAACUCUCGUGUCCAGCCAUAGACUUUACCUCGUAUGAAGGAAUCUUUGCCCCAACAAAUGACGCAAGCUGGCAGGAGAUCGAUUACAGUGAGCCUCUUCCGCUUGCCCAGGAUCAGUGGCUUGCGUUCGAGCAGCUGCUGGACGUGAACUGGUUCCGGCGGCUUUGGACAUAUCAAGAAAUAGCCUUGGCAAAUCAAGAGACAUCGGUUGUGAGGAUGGGCAACGAUGAGAUACUGUGGACCAGAUUUAUUGAAGCUACCAUGCUCAUAUGUUUUAACAAAGGGUCGGUAUCACAGCCGUGCUUUGUUGAUCUGGCCAGGCACACCGCAAAUAUGAAGGUUUUUUGUGGCAACGCUUCGAGUUGUAGGAUAAGUCAGCAACUGGGCAGGGACCAAAACGACUGGGUUUCUCUGUUAUUUUUGACGAGGUUUUAUGAAUGCUCUGAUAUUCGGGAUAGACUCUAUGCGCUUCGAGGGUUUCUCGAGCCUGAAACUGCCCAAUCGAUCCGUGUAGACUACACAAAGUCUGCCAGGCAAAUCAUGGCUUCAGCUUCUAUCACUUACCUGAAGCAGAGACGAAAUCUCCAGUUCCUGGAGCUCUGUAACUCGACGACAUCUCCCAGCUGGGUGGUGGACUUACAGAAGCCGCUGUGCCUCAUGCAGCUCUUCAGCAACGCAGGUGCAAGAUCCGCCGCAUCAGCGAGAUAUAUAAAGCCUGGAGUAUUGGAGGUCGCGGGUGUUUCUUGUGAUGGGAUCUGCAACAGCGUAAUGGAUAUGCCCCCGAGAGCAAAGUUUGAAGCAGUAGAGCAUUAUAUCGCCAAUGUUCUCAAGGUGUUUCGAGAUCUCACAGGUAAUGAGGAUUUUCACCAAGACGAUGAAUGCCUCGACGAGUUGAUAAACCUGAUGACGUUUGGUAAGCUCUGGGAUCACAGUACAGUAAGAACUCAAGGUCCUCCCGCUUGGAGCACAAUAUCUCUGGAAAUUGGACGGCGGAUGAUACGUCAGUGGAUUACCGGCAGCGCCAUCGCCGACAAUUAUAACAACAUUCCAUAUGGUCAUAACAAUGAUACGGCAACCGCUUGCACAAGGACGCGCCGUGGGACCCUCGCGUGCGUCCCUCCAAGCAGCUGCGACGGAGACAUAAUAGUAACUCUUCUUGGUCUGUCCAGCAACUUGGUUCUCCGUCCUCAGCCUGAAGAUGGUUUCUACAAGGUCGUUGGACCAUGCUAUCACCCGGGGUUUUCUGACGGUCAAGCCUUACUGGGGGAUGACUUCCGCGGCUGGGAGAAAUUGUGGUUUGUCGACACACAGAGUCUUGCGUUUUGGAGAGAGGGCGAGCCUCUACGUUUCUCAGAUCCUCGGCUUGAAGGGGUUCCAUUGCCCAUUGGGUAUAGGGAGUUUGCAGCUAAGAUAGGUGGGGCAUCCGUUCCUUUUUGGGUACACAAGUAUGAAUAUGAGAAAUACAUGGAGAACGAGAGAAUUUACGAUCCACGAAUGUCAGAGCAUAGGUUGAAGGAGAGGGGGGUGCCGGUAGAGAGGUUUCGGUUGGUAUGA